AUUGUAAAGAUUGAGAGGAGCGACUGUGCCGUCGACAAUGGAUGCAAACUGCAGCGUGGCUGUGAGAGCGCUAUGAAUUGUGUACAAUGAGAACUACGGAAGGGGGACGCUACAAUUCAGGACAUCGUGUUUGAGAAGCCGCAGUAAGAGAGGGAGAGCUGUGCGGACAGCGGGCGGUUGCAGUUGGAGACAAAGCCCGAGUCCGAGUCGCAUCUUCCCGCCUCAUUGCUGGACCAGGCCCGCCCAUAGUCCGGAGCAUCUCACGGAGACCCGGCUACAGCACAAUGAACCGCUACACCGGAGGUAAGCUGACGUCAGCCUGGUGCCGCUUUCAGCAUGAUGAGACACACCAGUGAGACCUCCAAGAUUAAAUCAACUAUUUCCAGCGGCCAUCAUGGACUUCCCAGGUCAUUUCCAGCACAUUUUCAAGCAGCUCAACCACCAGCGUCUGCACGCUCAGCUGUGUGACUGUGUGGUGGUGGUCGGGGGUCAGAGCUUCCAGGCCCACCGCUCCAUCCUGGCGGCAUGCAGCUCUCACUUCAGGGCUCUCCUGAGCUCCAGUGACAGCGCCGAUGAGGCUGGAGGAGCUGACAGAGGCGAAGGGGGCGGCCCCAGUGUGAUGGAGCUAGAUCCAGAGGUGGUGACCCCCGAGGCCUUCUCCACCCUGCUAGACAUGAUUUACACCUCCACCCUCUCCCUGGGGGCGUCCAAUGUGAUGGAUGUGCUGCUGGCGGCCUCGCACCUGCACCUGAACACUGUGGUGAAGGCAUGCAAGCUCCACCUGUCCAGGAAAAACUUCCCUGCCUCGCCACCCAAAGGAUGGAGGUCAGUGCAACAGCAGCAGCAGCAGCAGCAGUGUCUCCCCUCACUGGAAGAGCGGUCUUCCUCGCUUCGGCUGGUCUCCUCUGCUAUGGAGGAGGAGUCAGAUGAAGGAGGAAUGGGAGUCGUGGUGAGCCAGUCGGUUGGGGGUGAAGAUCCGGGGUUGUGGAGGAGAGUCAACGGCGAGCAGAGCACAGCGGCACCUUCGUCGAGGUAUAAACGAAAGUCACACGAGGACAGGCUCGGCUGCAGGAAGAGAAGCUGCAGGCUGCCUGGGGAAAACUACAAGGAGUAUUCUCCUACUGUGACCAGCAGAAGCACCGUCAGCACAGAGGAGGGAGAAGAGAAUCUGCUGUCCCUGGACUGCCUGAAGACAGCUGACAGAUUUUCGGAGAACCACGCUGAUGAUGAGGAGGAGGAGGAGGAGGAUGUGGAGGAGAAAUACGAAACAACAAAGGGAGAGUCAGAGGAGAUCCAGCUACCAAGCCAGUCAGACAGCAGCAAAGGAGGUGUGUGGAAGAGGGAUGGAGAUCCAGAUGGAGACACAGUGGUGAAAGUGAAGGUGGGAGAAGAAGGGGAGGAAGAGGAGCCAAAGAUGGUGGUAAUCGAGGUGAAAAAGGAAAACUUGGGGGCCUAUUCCCCAGAUUUAGAUUCUCCCCCAUCUCCACCACAAGAAUGCACAGACAACUUGAACACACAAGUGGAUGAUGAGAAAAAGGACACUGGUGUUGGCUCUUUUCAAUCUCAGCUGUGCUCAGAUCUACAAACGGAUGCACACAGAGGAGCAGAGGAUUUGGGCGAGGACGGUGAAGGUCUGGACAGCCUGUCAGAGCUGGCCUUCUCCUGCUUCCUCAAUCCCAGUGCCGACAAUGUAAUGGGAGCACUGGAUGAAGAAGACAGCCUCGCUACUCUCACGGCUGCUGCCACUGCAGCUGCCGCCGCUGCCAGCGAUGCUCCUGCAGCUGCUGGAAACAUCGUGGUACCAUGUCAAAACCCAGAAGAAGCAAACACCUCUUCUGCUCAGUCCUCCGAUUCCUCCUCCUCUCUCGUUUUUCCAGUAACGCCUGUCCCCUUGCAGCAGCUUCUCCCGACUCAAAGCUCUGGUUUUAGCGACACGGUCAUCCUACAGUCCACCCAGAACUCUUUAGCAGGGUUCCUGAGCGGCAUCGGACCAGGCCUCAGUCUGGAGGCCUCCCUCGUCCAACCUUCCAGGGUCGGGAAAUGCUCAGGGGCAACAACCUUCCGUCGCAUCGCCCCCAAAGUGCCGCCUGGAUCAGAAGCCGGCACCGAUCCUUCCUAUGGAUCAGCGCCGGGGGAAGCUGCUGAUCGGCCACCCCUAACCAGAGCUUCAGAGGAUGUUCUGUCCAAGUGCAAAAAAGCAGCUGCUGAGGACCAUGUGUUGUUAGUGGAAGGGGAGAAGAAAUACGCAUGCAACAUCUGCUGUAAGACAUUCAUGAACCUGACUGACUGCAAGAAGCACAUUCGUGUCCACACAGGAGAAAAGCCCUAUCCCUGUCCCAAGUGUGGCAAACGCUUCAGCCAGUCGUCCCAUCUAUACAAGCACUCCAAGAAUACCUGCCUCAACUGGAAAGACGAUCAGUCAUUCCCAGAACCUCUGCUCUGACCUCUUUGUGAGAGCUACACACAGUUCUGCAUAAAAAAAAAUCUAAUUUAAUAAUUCCACAAUUUAUAAAUCAUUGAUUGAGUAACAUGAAUUCAAAAUGAAAUAGGUGAUGUAUCUCCUAUUUAUUGUUUUCAAUGUUAAUGUUUCCAGAUCUGAAACAGAUGAAUUGCAGCCAAACCCAUGUAAAUGCACUGAAACUAUUCUCAAAGUACAACAUGAUUGAGUGAUGAGACAAUAAAUAAUGCACUUGGCGAUUUUUA